GAACUAAACGAUCUCGAUAUCUCGGACUUUAUAAAGACUAAGAUCUCUACCUUCUCGAACGGACUUCAAACAGUAGGUAAACCCUACUGGCUAACCUCUAAACAGAAGAGAGAAAACCAGCUCGCAGGAUCGGUUGCGGUAGCCUUCCGCACCGAAAAAGACCGUAGACUAGCUAUCUCCCAGCGCCUAUAUAUAGCAGGAGUUAGCUGCAGAGUCGAAAACCUCCUCUCUAUACCGAGAGACCAACUCUGCAGAAACUGCAAUAAAAAGGGACACGAGACGUCUAGGUGUACUAGAUAG